AUGGACAAUCAUAGCGUCGCGGCGGAAAGCUUCCAAACCCCAGUCCCACUUCCAAGAUGGAAUGCUUCCGAAAAUGACAAUGCCACCGCUGAAGAAGAAAAUGAAACGGACAAACCCUGGAAUUGUUUUGGUGUCGUUCACGUGCGGAUGCUUGCCGCACAGCAUUUGCCUUGUCCUGUCGGUUCCACCGUUUCGGCUACUGUUUCGUUAUUUCCCUGGCGAGGUAAAGUCCGUACCUCUCAGACUUCGGCAUUUUCAAUUUCUAUGGAGCAUGGCGUAUGUGUAGCAUGGGAUCCAAACACAGACAAGGGAGUCUGUUCGAUGGUACACGCUUGGAACAGUGAGGAUUCACCUGUUCCUGAUGUUAAGAUUGACCUGAACUUUAGUCCACUUGGCUUGGGUUUUUUCGAAUUUAAAAUGGCCUCACUGACAUUGCCUUGUGAGGUUCUCUUAAAGUCGCCGAACAAAUGGAAACGACAAUGGUGUCAGGCCGAACAAGACGAAGCAGCCAAACGAGAUGCCACGGGCCUGGGUCCAAUUCUGAUCCAGUUGGAAGCAAUAUUCAUACCUGGGCCAGCGAAUAUCAAUUCAUAUUUACCUGAUCCAGAUGAACCAGAAAACAGGAUCGAUUAUGUCGAUCAGGAGGAUAAUAGCGUCAGCGUCAGCAGAAUGUCAGGCGAAGAUGUAACGAGUGUCGAAAGCGACAUCAACGACACGAAUGACGAAGGUAUGAUGGACCAAAUGGAAGGCCAAUCCACAGUUGAUACAGAGGGGGGACACUUAGACAAAAAGGCUCAGCAUACUGUGACACCUAAUGCAGUUGAUUCGAAACAAUCAUCACAAGAAGCAACAAUUCAUAUUUCAUCAAUUAAGAAUAAGACUUCAGACCAUGAAGAUGAGGGCCUUCCUGAUAUUGCACCAACAACCGAUUCGGGUUUAGAUCAAGAUCAAGAAGUGCAAGAACAAACGGAAUUACGGGCGGAAAGUCCACAUCCGGAUCAAGAGCCAUCACCAUCCAAAAUUUCAACGAGGGAAGACGAAUCUGCUGUCACGCCACAAUCUCCAAAAGCGGACCACGCUUCGAGCGAAGCGCAACUGAACCUAUCCGAAGUGACAACGGCAGCAGAUUUACUCUCACAGCUAAUGCAAGCGGACCAAGAACAAGCUGACCAAGAGCAGAUUGAUUCAAAAGCGCAAGCUCCAAUCUCGGAGCUGACACCAUCCAAACCAGUUGCCCUGGAGAAAGAAUCAUCCAACCUGGCAGUGUUCCCGAAUCACGAUGCGAGUCAAGAAGAAAACAAUCGUUCACAAGAUGUUACUAUAAUAGGUGUCAUCUCAGAUCAAGAACAAAUUCAGAAAGAGCAAAUGGAUCUACCCGCGCAUGCUCCAAUCUCGGAUCCGGAACGACCCGAAUUAGUUGUCAUGGAGAACGAAUCGAAUCUGACAGUAUCUACGAACCACAGGGCGACCCAAGGAGAGACAGAUACUCCAAAAACUGGGACCGCAACAGGUCCCAUAUCGGAUCAAGAACAAAUUCAGCAGGAGGCAAUGAAACCAUCCGAACCAGUUUCCAAAAAGAGCGACCCCGACUUGGCAUUGUCUACCAACGACAAUUCGAGUCAAAUAUCAAAGCAAAAACUGUUGGAAACAGCCCCCGGAACACCCGUGCUGGAUCGACAACGAGGUCACCGAGAGCAAAUAGAUUUGCUAAAACAUACACCACCAUUGGAUCCGAAAACAGAACUUUUCAAGAAGAAAGACUCCAAACCACCUGUACCUGUGACUCCAUCGAGCGCAGUUUCAGGUGGAAGAAAAUUGCAAAGAGAAGAAACUGACCUGUCAGCGCUUACUGGAAUCUCGAAUACAGAACACAGAAGGCGAGUUUCCAAGAAAAAGGACUCCAAACUACCAAUGCUAGUGACUACGAUGAAGUCUCCUCGAAAGAUUCCAGGUUCAAGAAAAGUACAGGUUGACAUGUCGGCAGUCGUAAAAGCAGGGGAUGCUUGUGCUGGGAAUUUAGUCACAUCAAAUCAUGAUGCUGCUUCUGUUUCUGUGAUGUCAACCGCGAAUAAUACAAUGUACAGUACCCAGCACAGUACGCACCUUCUUCGGACAAUGAAUUUUUGGAUGCCUUCCAAUUGUGCAGUAUGUCAAAAACUUCUUGUUGGGAGGAAGUCAGGGUCCCAGUGUGAAGUGUGUAAUAUUGAUUGCUGCUUUGAUUGUCGAUUGAAUGUGGAUCUCCGCAUUCCAUGCGGGCCCUCUCAUUCGAAACGCAAGAAGGGAUCAAUUGAGAGUAUUCUCUCCUUUGUAGCACCUGAUGAAACAUUUGAACGAAACAGGAAGUCUCUGGUGGAAGAAACGAUAGAUGAGGGAACCGUUUUCAAUGAAGAGGAUCUUGAUUUUUCGACCGGGAUAGGAUACCUCAAGCUCUGCUUCCUACAAGCCGCUAUCUUCAAGCAGCCUGUUCCAUCCGAUGAGCAUCCAGAGAAAGUGUUUGCAGUGGGUGAAAAAGGACAGCUUUUCAAUGGAGACUACUAUGCACGUGUUUCGAUAUCAAAUAGUACACGAAAAGGACGAACUCCGACUGUGCAGAAGAGUGGAUUGCCUCAGUUUCGAUCGACCCGGCUCUUCUUUGGCAUUGAAGACUAUGGUCGUGAAUUUCGUCUGGAUAUUGUAGACUCUAACACAGACGCCAUUGUCGGAAGUGCAAUGUUGACUACGCAAGGGAUUUUGCAAAGGCAUAGAGAUCUGGCGGUCCAACGGAAUGGAGCUUCACUCUUCCAAUUUGCAAAAGGGCCUAUCAAGGCGGACGGGACUCUAGAAAUGAAAUUACAGCUUCGAAGUAACGCGAAGAAUGGUAUCUUUGGUUCGAAAGGUCGGGCGUCUGAUAAGCCGUCUUGUAUAGUCGGUUGGUUGGAGAUUGAAGUUGGCAUCGAAGAGUACACUGAAAAGCUCCUCAGUCCUAACUUUGAAUGCCCGGAGCGGGUUCAUCCGGCUUUCAGAAUGUCGAAUUUACAAGAACAAUUGAAACGGGUCAAAUAUCUACUGGACGAUCUGAAGUCUGUCAUUGAUGGCAUAAAGUAUAUUUUCAGCUGGAACGAUCCGCUGAUUACUGCCGCAGCUUUGUAUACACAUAUUGUUGUGUGCCUUCGGUUCAAUUCAGAGUAUGGAGGAAGUCUUCCCUUUAUUUUCAUUAUUUGCUUGAUGCUCCACGCAAGAAACCGGCGCUUCUUUAUCCCGACUGCUGGAGUCGAGGAUAUCAAUAUUAGAAUAGUUGGCGAUGAAAUGGAUAAUGAGAAUAGCUCAAAAGACACAACCAAUCGGCCGCUCGGGUCAGUCACGGUUGAUGUGACAAAAGGGGCCGACCUCUUGUCUAGAGAUGGUAUCCCAGGCAAGACAUCAUGUUACGUGGUCUGGGAUCCGACGAGGUAUGCGGGCAAACGGCUGAAAGCUGUCAUGAAAAAGCUUGAUAAGGCAUCUCAUUCUCCAUUUGAGAUAGGGCAUACAGACACCCGCUACACAGCUCAGCCCACUUGGGAGCUUAGCGACAGUAAAUGGAAUAAACGACUGAAAGGACUUCUUCCUCCGGACGAUGCUCUUGCGACUACAAAUAAGACGGAAGGCUCCUUGGGGUUAUCAUUCCCAGUGCUUCAGCCGCUUGCAAUCGAUGUACGUACUGCGGGAGGUGAUAAUGGAGAUUCGGAAAUCAAAUUGGCAUCAUGGGACGAAUGCCCAGGUGCCGUCGUCUACCAAGUUUACUUUUCGGAUGUGCUGUUUGGCCUUGGGGUCGAAUAUGAAAUUGGAGAGGUCGUCAUUCCAUUUUCAGAGCUGGUGAAAAGGCGCAGAAUAAGCGGAUGGUUUGAUGUGACAAGUGGGGCACAAGACAACGUUGUCAGCGUGUCACCAAAAGGUAUAGAUUCCAAAUCUCAAGGCAUGCAACCGAGAAUUCAUAUUACUCUUUCUUGGCAACCACCAGGCGACGACAAGAAACUCCCAGAAGAAACAUCGCAGCAGUUGUCAAUUGCCAUCCAAGAAGAAUUGAGCCAUUUCUCGCAUUCAAAGAAGACGAACAUAAUUGACAGUUCUCUGGGAGCUAUGAACACUGCAUUAGGUCUCGGCGGGAAUCUUCAGGACGUCCAAAACACUAUAGUUUCAACACUAGAUCUUGUGGAAUCAGUUGUCAAUCUUUUCAACUUCACGGAUCCAUUCAAAUCGUCUCUUGUCUUUUGGGCAAUUGUUGCGGUUUGUAUUGUUUUCCUCAUCAUACCAACGAGGGUCAUUGUCUUUAUUGCCGGGUUGGUUCUCUUUUGGUUUACAUUUGAUCAACAAUUUGGAAUCACCAAAAUGAAGAUCUUCAAGAAAAAGGCAGCUAGAAUUCCAAAACCAAUCGAGAGCUUUGAGGUGAAGGAGGAGAACGGCCAUGCUGGUAACGUAUUUAUCAAUGCCUUACGGAGUCUUCCAACAAGAGAGGACUUGCGGAAAGCUAUCUACUGGGAAAAGCUUCGAGUAACCAAUACCUUGGCGGAGAGACGAGAAUCAAAAAGGCGGGAAGCUCGACUGAGAAAGCUUUGGAAGUCUCAGUGGUUUUCGAAUGUCAAGCUGAAAGAACAGUCUGACAAAGAUCGAGAAUUCCUUUGGAUUCCAGCGUUUGCGGUUGUUCAAGGUCAUUUGUUUCUAUGGUGGGAACAUGCACGGGAUUUUGACAGAGGCGAAGAGCCAGCUGGGAAAGUCUAUUUGGGUGGCCAUGCAGGUCUUACCGGUCCCUCCCCACUGGAGAUGAGAGAGCUAUCGUCUGAAGACUUGUCAUGCUUCGUCGGUAUAUUCGGUCGUGGUCUGGAAGGUCAAGAACGGAUAUCAAUUCUUACUGAAAGCAAUCAACUGAAGAGUUCCCUUGAGGACGUUAUUCUCCAAUUGGAGGAAAAGAAUGAUUGA